AAAACAUGAUUUUCGUACGUCUCUCAAAGAGAAACUUUAGUGCAGUUCAGGUUUGUACACGUCUCUCUAUCUGUGUGAUUGUGAAAAAUGGCAGAAGCCAGUAUUUUAUGGGCUCAGGAUCAGUUUACUUGCCCAAUCUGUCUGGAUCUACUAAAUAAUCCAGUGACCAUUAACUGUGGACACAGUUUCUGUAUGGACUGUAUUACAGACUACUGGGAUCAGGAUGAUCAGAAGCGAAUCUACAGCUGCCCUCAAUGCAGACAAACCUUCACACCAAGACCUGUUUUAGGUAAAAAUGUGGUGUUUGCUGAAAUGCUGGAGAAACUGAAGAAGACAAAACUUCAAUCUGCUCUUGACUCUGCUCAUUGUUACGCUGGACCUGGAGAUGUGGAGUGUGACAUCUGUACUGAGAGAAAACUAAAAGCAGUCACGUCCUGUCUAGUGUGUCUGAACUCUUACUGUCAAAAUCACCUCAACCAGCAUGAGAAUUUCUUUAAAGAUAAAAACCACAACGUGAUCGAUGCCACUGAACGACUACAAGAAAUGAUCUGCAAAAAACACAACAAACAACUAGAAAUCUACUGCCGUACUGAUCAACAAUUAAUUUGUUAUCUGUGUACGAUAGACGUUCACAAAAAUCACAACACUGUGACAGCUGUGACAGAGAAGACAGAGAAACAGACACUUUUGGGAAAAACACAAAGAAAUUUACAACAGAGAAUUCAGGAGAGAGAAAAGAAGCUUCAGGAGCUGAGUCAGACUGUGGAUUCUUAUAUGCGCUCUGCACAGACAGCAGUGGAGGACAGUAAGAAGAUCUUUACUCAACUGAUCCGAUCCAUUAAGAGAAGACGAUCUGAGGUGACACAACUGAUCAGAGAUCAGGAAAAGACUGCAGUGAGUCAAGCUGAAGGAGUCAUGAAGAGUCUGGAGGAGGAGAUUGAUGAUCUGAAGAGGAGAGACGCUGAACUGGAGCAGUUUUUACAAACAGAUGAUGACAUUUAUUUCCUACAGAGUUUCAAGUCUUUCUCUGUGACUUCUGGAUCUUCAGAUGUUUCCAGCAUUACUCUCAGUUCUCUUCUCACUUUUGAUGAUUUGGAAAAAUCUGUUUCUAAACUCAGAGAUAAACUGGAGGAUUUGUGUAAAGACGAGAUUAAACAUAUAUCUGACAGAGAACCCAGCGUUAGAGAGGAUUUCCUACAAUAUUCAAUUCUGCUGUCUCUGGAUUCAAACACAGUGAAUAAAAAUCUCCAGCUGUCUGAGAAGAACACUGUGGCUACUAACACUUACACAGUCCAGCCGUAUCCUGAUCAUCCAGACAGAUUUGAUUCCUGUCUUCAGGUGUUGUGUAGAGAGAGUUUGUGUGGACGCUGUUACUGGGAGGUGGAGUGGAGUGGUGGUGUCAGUAUAUCAGUGUCAUAUAAGAGCAUCAGCAGGAAAGAAUGGGGUGAUAAGUGUAUGUUUGGAUGUAAUGAUCAGUCCUGGAGAUUGUUCUGUGAUGACUCCAGCUGCUACUUCAGUCACAAUAACAAAGACACUAAACUCCAUGUAGUGUUGAGUUCCUGUAGAAUAGGAGUGUAUGUGGAUCACAGUAAAGGAUCUCUGUCCUUCUACAGCGUCUCUGAUAAAAUGAACCUCAUACACAGAGUCAACACCACAUUCACUCAAUCACUUUAUGCUGGGUUUUGGCUCAAUCCAAACUCAACCAUGAAACUCUGCAAUCUGACAAGAUAGUUACAGAGAUUUUACAGAUAAUAGUGUUUUAUCACAACUUUGACCUUAAUGAUUAUUUAGUAACAGUUAGAUGUUAGAGGUCUUUUAUUGUCUCAUGAAAAAUAUAAUUGAAACAUUUGAACACAAUUCUUACCUCUGCAUACAAUUUAUUACUAUACUCUGGGUCAGAUAUGGACAUUUUCUAGAUGAUUUUAAACCAAUGGUUGAAUUUGUCCAUACAGUAUAUAACUCAACCAUGGGUUAAAGGAAUAUUCCAUUUUCUUAAAAGAAAAAUCCAGAUAAUUUACUCACCACAAUGUCAUCCAAAAUGUUGAUGUCUUUCUUUGUUCAGUCGAGAAGAAAUUAUGUUUUUUGAGGAAAACAUUGCAGGAUUUUUCUCAUUUUAAUGGACUUUAAUAGACACCAACAUUUAAUACUUAACUCAACACUUAACAGUUUUUUUCA